AUGGUGAGGGAAUUUAACACUGCUAGGCAGACACGAAACCUGGGGAAAGGAAACCCAGAUGCUAAACUUGGUCUCAAUUUGGAAAGAUCUCUGUCUGAUGUGUAAAUGCCUACAAAAUUUUACGUGGGAGCACUCAAGAUGAAAGGAUUAGACAUCCAAUUUCUUUCCUCAGGCUUCAGCAUCAUCACUGGGCGUUUUUUCUUACCCAAUCCCUAAGAUUACUUUGAAUAGCAAUCCCCUGAUCUUGGUUUUUUUCUCCCCACGACAGACGGAUCCGUGGCAUCUUGCUUUCAUCGCUGAAUUUUUCUCGUGUGAUCAUGGCAGGGUAUGGCGGGUGCUUCUCAGAUCAGAUUGGCUUCAUUCACGCACCAGAGGAGAAGCACCUUCUUCCCAGGGCAAGCUUCUGCACCACGUUUCCGAAUCUCCUGUCAGGUGUGAUUCCCUCGACUUUCUCCCGGGGUUUUGCAGACCGGCUGGUGCAUAGAUUUUGGAGGCCAAGCCACGUUUUUUUUCUAUUUUUAUGCAUCAAAAGCAACUCUGGAAAUUAAAAUAAGCCCUUCCUCGUCCUGAUUUAGUAGCCCAGAACCCUAAAUGCUAGACAGCUUUAUCUCGUCCACCUCAACUAUCUCUUCUUCCCUUGUCAAUAUGAAGAUAAAAAAAAAUAUUGACCAAAGAGCAUGAUCUGGUUUUCAUGGGUUCAUAAUAAUUCAUCAGUGCUUAGAUUUUGGAAGCCAAGAACAUGAUCUUAUAAUUUAUAUGGUCUCACAAUCCACUGCUACUACGAGAUUAGUGGAUCUGCUUCCUAGUUUUUUGCCAUAACAGGAUAGUAGUAGUGACCACUUGCCCUCCUCGCCUGCCCUUCUAUUACAUGUCCAGGCCAAGCCAGAGACAGUAGAGAAGGUCUGCGCCAUUGUGAAGAAGCAGCUGGCGCUCGCAAGUGAGGUCGUCGUCACCGGGGAGUCCGAGUUCACCAAGCUGGGAGCUGACUCCCUCGACACGGUAGAAACCCCCCACCUCCCCUCCCUCUUCAUCCCUCCGCCGAACCGAGUCAUCCUCGCCAUUGAUUUCCUCAUCUACGGCCGGGAACUGCUGCAGGUCGAGAUUGUGAUGGGCCUUGAGGAGGAGUUUGGGAUCAACGUGGAAGAGGACAACGCACAGAGAAUCACCACCGUCCAGGAAGCGGCCGAUAUGAUCGAGAAGCUUGUCUCCAAGGGCUCGGCAUGA